AUGAGCAUUCUGCAAGGGAAACGCAAGCGCCAAGACCUGGCAUCAGCAGUGUCAGCAUCACUGAGCAACGAGGAUCGUGUGAUCUACAACAUCAUUCGCGCCAAGAAAGAGUUAGGAAUACACCACACUGACAUCAAGCGAGAAACCAACAUCCCCGAAACCAUGCUGAAGAGAACCAUCAAGUCCCUUCUUUCCAAGUCACUCAUCAAAGAAGUUGUUAGCAUCCAAAACAGGCAAAAGAAGUUGUUAAUGGCGGUGGAGUUCCAACCCUCCAAGGAAAUCACUGGUGGCGAUUGGUACACCGAAGGAAAACUCGAUACCCAGUUGAUCGAAGCACUUUCUGAUGUUUGCUUCAAGAUCAUUCUCCGUCAAAAAGUUGCCACGUGUGAUGGAAUCGUUGAUUGGAUCAGAACGGUGGCGAGUGGGGUGUUUCCUAACGGAGUUUCCGUGGAGCAAGUGGAACAGAUUUUGAAGGUUUUGAUUAUGGAGAAUAAGGUGCAAGAGGUGACCAGUACUGGCGUUGGCGAUUUUGCUUCCGUUCCUGCUGGUCAAGUUUGUUAUAGAUUGAUUAACAGAGCCAGUACCGGCAACGGUAACGUUAAGGUUGGUAUUAUGGUUUCUAUUCCCUGUGGGGUUUGUCCAAAUAUAAAAUUGUGUUCACCUGAUGGUGUUAUCAACCCAAAAACUUGUGAUUAUUAUCAGAAAUGGUUGGACUUCUAA